AUGAGGGACGUCUCGCGGGAACGAUCUCCGAUCGCGCUGAGUUACAUGGAGGACAACGAGUACAGCAUACAGCCGAUUCGCUGGCUGCUAAAGCCGAUAAGCGUUUGGCCCGUGGCGGACUCGUCGAUCAAAGAGAGAAUUUUGUCGGACUUUUUGCUGAUAACGUGCGCCUUUCUGAUCGUCGGCACUAUGGUGCCUUGUGCGUUAGGCAUCUUCUUGGACGAGAGCAAAGACAUACAGACGAAAGUGCACGAAUUCGGCCCCCUCAGCAAUUGGAUGCUGGCGAGUCUCAAGUACUGCUCGUUGCUGACGCGCGUCGGUGACAUUCACCUGUGCGUCGAGCACGUCGAGAGCGACUGGAGGGCGGUGACAAAGAACGAGGACCGAGAGGUGAUGCUGAAGAAUGCCCGGAUCGGUCGCUUCAUCGCUCUGUUCUCCGCCAUAUUCAUGCACAGCGGCGUCUUCUCCUACAGCAUUUUCCAGGCAUUGACGGUGGAAAAGUCCGCUGCGGGAGGCAACGUGUCAACGAUGCACGCGCUACCCUUCGCGUUCUACGACAAGAUCGUGGACAUUACGACGAGUCCGGCGUAUGAGUUAGUGUUCGCGAUGCAGUUCCUUUCUACUUUCGUGGUGAAUUCGGUGGCAGUAGCCACUUGCAGUAUCACCGCCGUUUUCGUCAUGCACGCCUGCGGCCAAUUGAAGAUUCUCAUGUCCCUCUUGGACAAUCUCACGAGUGAAGAGAGUGAAAAGAGGAGCUCCGUGAAGCAAAAGUUUGCCGUCAUCGUGGAACAUCAUUUGAGAGUACUAAGUCUUGUGUCUCGCUUAGAGAAAAUUACAAGUAUAACUUGUCUCGUGGAAAUAGCAGGGUGCACGCUACAUAUGUGUCUCUUGGGCUACUACUGCAUUACGGAGUGGAAUCAAGGCGACAAGCAAAAUAUAGUGGCGUAUUGCAUAAUAUUGGUCUCAGUUACUUUCAACAUCUUUAUAUUUUGUUACAUCGGAGAAAUCCUUUCCGAGCAGUGCGGCCAAGUCGGCGAAAUCGCUUACAUGACAGAUUGGUAUGUUUUACCUGGAAACACGGCCCUUGGCCUCGUUUUGAUAAUUUUGAAAUCCAGCAUCGUGAUCAAAAUUACUGCUGGAAAAAUGAUUGAGCUCUCCCUCUCUACGUUCGGUUCUGUAAUUAAAUCUGCGUUAGCAUAUUUGAACAUACUUCGUACCCUUAUUAUGUAG